AUGUUUGCUGGGCUCCAGACCUUCAUUCCAACCCCCUUCUUACACCCCUCUUGUCAAUUGGUCGCUGCUACGCAUCACGAUCACUUUCUCGCUGCUUUUGAGCCUUUAAUUUUCGUCCCCGUUUACGCCUUUCUCAAGAAUUUAGAGCCGGUGAUAGCCAUGCCUAGGCGUCUUCUUCUCCCUAAUCUUCAGACUCCUCAUCCAGUUAUCCUUUUUUUCAUCCCCACUCCCCUUGCAUCUUAUUCUUUGGGACCCUGGUCACUAGUCAAUUCGUCAUGUGUACGUUAG